AUGAGAUCAAUUUUCCGUGCCGCAAGUUCCAUCCCAAACCGAAACGAUGAGGCAUCCAUGAGCGGCAUGGUGGUCGCUUGGUGGUCGCUUUUCUUCCUUGCAGCGGCGGAGUUUGAGUCGGAGCCGUCGGAGCUGGAUCUGUCGCUGUUGCAGCGGAGGCUGGAUGUGCGCGAUGGGAAACCUUUGCCUCUGGCCUGGGUCCACUUUCCGAAGUGCGGCAGCUCCCUUGUGAACCUGUUGAUCCACGAGCCUGGGUUCUGCCAAGUAGACCCAGACCUGUUUGUCAGUGAAGACAGCUUAGGGGACUGCUUCCUCCAGAAGUUCAACACGGGUUGCUCGCAGAUUUGCGACACCAAGCAUUUGCGAUGCCAGCCAAGUGUGCACGAGUGCAUCGGCCGCCAAUAUGCGGAGCUGCAAGGCCAUUGGGUGGCCAUGUUUCGGCAGCCUGAGCAGCGCCUCCUCUCCGCAUACUAUGACGAGUUCCACAACUGGUCCGAGUUGAGACCGGUUUGCAAGGGACUCGCUCCACCGAAGCCAGCGCUGCCAGUCUUUGCAGAGCUUUUUGAGGGCACCGUCACAUACCAACUCACUGGUGAGGGCCGGGACGGGGACCACAUGCUGCCGCUGCUGCCUGAGCUGCCUGCGCGUACUCGGGCCAUGGCAGAGCAGGCCGUCCGCCGAGUGUCGGGUUUUGCCUUUGUCGGUAUCCACGAAGAAUGGGAUUUGUCCAUUUGCCUUUUCCACGCGAUGUUCGGCACCCGCUGCCGUGCGCUGGACUUCGAGAAUGUCAGGCCAGGGAUCAACACCGCGAAGCUCUACAACACAACGCAGCUGCAGGGCUAUCGCGAUGAGCUGGACGGCAUGGUGUAUCAGGAGGCUCUGCGAAUCUUCAAGGCAAACUUGCUGAAGUACAAUGUGUCUUUGGACUCAUGCCAGCGCUGCUUUGACGCGGCUCUAUGA